AACUUCCACACGGAGCUAUGGCGGCAGAGGUGUCCGUUAGUAGAGCUGCCGGAGAGGAGCAGGGUUACGCUGGUGCAGACUUCGCUCCCCGUGCGUUUUACGAACACCGCGAUCAAGGAAGAUCGGAGAACUGGGUUAUGGAGAAACGCAGAGAGUCAGGAGCUGAUCCGCGGGAUGGGGAGACGACGACGACGGUGGGAAACGAGUGUUCAUACAGGGCUGAGGAUGAACUGACAGUACUGAGUCCUGAAGAAAUCUCCAGCCGGUUAGAAAGAACACACAGAGAGUUCCAUAACCGCCGCAAAAUCAUCAUCAAGAACCUCCCGGCUGAUAUUACCAACCAGGAAGUGCAUGAGCUGUUAAGCAACUAUGAUUUGAAGUACUGCUUUGUGGACAAGUACAAGGGAACAGCCUUUGUGACCCUUCUAAACGGUGAGCAGGCCCAGUGUGCGAUCAAGCAAUUUCACCAGCAUGUACUGCGUGACCGAGAGAUCUCGGUGCAACUGCAGCCCACAGAUGCCCUUCUGUGCAUUGCCAACCUUCCACGAGCUUUCACGCAGCAGCAGUUCGAAGAGCUGGUCCGGCCCUUCGGCAACCUGGAACGCUGCUUUCUGGUGCACAGUGCCACCACCGGCCACUCCAAGGGCUACGGCUUCGUGGAGUAUAUGAAGAAGGACUCUGCUGCCCGGGCCAAGUCAGAGCUGCUGGGCAAACAGCUCGGCUCACGCAUGCUUUAUGUGCACUGGACUGAAGUGGGCUCACUCACAUAUUCAACACUGCACUCGCGCUGCCUAUGCAUCGACCGCCUGCCUCCAAACCUGCAGACUGCUCAGGAUCUGUUAAACGCUCUGGCUGACAUGCCCGAACCUGUCUUUUGCCAGAUUGCUCAAGGACAAGACGGUAGUUUCAGGCCGUUUGCAGUUUUGGAGUAUGCCACAUCAAUGAUGGCUGAAGAGGUGCAGCGGCUAACUGACAGGAAGCCUCUGAGUGGCACCCACAUCCGGGUCUCCUUCUGCGCUCCAGGACCACCCGGCAGAAGUAUGCUGGCAGCUCUUAUUGCUGCUCAGACUAUGGCUUUAAACAGGGGAAAGGGGCUCCUUCCUGAACCUAACGCCAUGCAGAUUCUUUCAAGUCUGAGCAACCCUGCUACACUAAAGAUGCUCCUGGCACCUCUAAACCAAGGACACAAACAAGGUCUGCUUGGUGCAGUGCCGGCAAUGCCACUGCUUGCCAAUCCGGCUCUCUCUGCAGCACUGGUGCAACUUCUGCUCCAGAACCAAGUCCAACAGGCUGCAUUACUGAGUGAAAACCCACUGGCUUCUCUACCUGUGCAACAUGGUGGCAACAUGCUGGGAGAUUUACCUCAUGGUGCUAUGAGUCUACAAACAGAGUCAUUAGGCCCCAUAAAGCCGCCGGCUUUUGGCAGACCGCUAGUAAGGGAUCCGGAUUCCCCAACCACACCAAUGAGUUUUUCACCAAACCCUUCUCCUGCACUGCAGGGUUUAAACAUGCCCCAUCUGGGAAGUGUACUAGAAGGAAAUGGGCCCACACUUUCAGCGGCUUCAAUUUUGGGCGAGCCACCAAAAGAGAUGGGAGUGUCCUCAAUUCCUUUUCUCAAUGCACCCAGUAUGUUUUCAUCCUCAGCUGUCAACUCCAGACCCCACCCAUACAGAAAGAGACCACCACUAGGCAGCAUGUCCAACCAACGAUCCAUCCAGAGCAUCCACCCCAAUUACAGCCUUCGCUGUCAGGACUCCUAUGAUUUCCCAACUAUACACCAGGAUCCACUUUCUUACCUUUAUGAGCAUCAAGAGGCUCUGGGUGGCACAGGACUGCUACCUUAUGGAGUGCAACACCCGGGAAAUGAAAACGUUUGUGAAAGAACACCUUCCUUUGGUUACCCACCUAGCCCUCCUGGUACCUCCUACUUCGGCUUCGGAGUGCCUAGGAAUGUGCCUUCCACCCAGCUCAAUAAGGCUGUGGGAAUGCCUCCUGUGACUCACUCCAGUGUGUUCUCUGCUGCACCGGGGGCUGGAAUUAAGACUCCAGUUGGAGGCCAGAAGCGUCUGUUCUCACGCCUGAUUCCAUCACCAGAGCCCAGUCCUGAGGGCAGCUAUGUGGGGCAGCAUUCUCAAGGCUUGGGUGGGCACUAUGCCGACUCCUACUUAAAGCGCAAGCGCAUCUUUUAACUGGCUCGAAGUCAGGGGGAAAGGAGGGACAGAGUUUGGGAUUUGGAAUCUAGGUGGGGGUGUGGGGUGGAGUUCAGGCAGCCUGUUGUGUAACAGUCAGUGGGAGUUUUGUUUUGUGAAUAUGAUUUUGGUGUGUAUGUAAAUUAUUACCAUUUUUUUAAUUUUAGAUUUUACCUUUUUUUUAAUUUGCCUUUUAAGUUUUUUUUUUUUUUUUUUUCUAUUAGAAAAGCUAAACAGCAGGUACCUCACAGGAAAAAAUCCCCUUCCUCUGUAUCAAUUUUUUUUUUUUAAACGCUGUUUGAUCCGACUUCUGUAUAUAGUUGUGCAUAGCAAAAGCGUGGCAUGUCAUGUGAUCAUUACCUGUCCAUACAGCAGCAAGUUCAGCUGCUUUUCAUCUACCUUAUCGUCACAUCAAACUCUGUACCUAAACAAACUUUGGCUCUCCUGCUUCAUGUGUUUGGUCUGUACUUGUUAACCCCUCCACGUCCCCCUCUUCCCCACCUCCUCAGUCACAAGGCCGGGUUUCCUGCACUAAAUGUUGUGUUUCACUUGGAUGAUGCGAGUCACUUAAAAUUGGCCUCCAUCGACCUGUCAUCUGUUCUGUGUAGUUCUACAUGAUGAUAAAUUUGGGUCUUUUCCUCCUUUGUUUACCUUGUGUUCACCCUUAUUUCCAUUCAGUACCUCUGUUACACCGGCAGAGGGAGCUGGUUUGCUUUGAGGGAUGUUCUCAAUUCUAUCUGCUUUUUUUAACGUGUUAUUGGAACACCUGCCAGUCUGGAGCAGGCCGGGCCUGUGUUCAAAUGUGUCUUAUUAUAUAUUUUUUUAAUUAUUAUUAUUAUUACUGCAAAUGCUGCUUGCUGUACUUGUCCACCUUGACUCGAGUGGCAGGCUUUGUGACUGGAAUAUGAGUGAGUGUACUAGAACUGUGACUUCGACCAUUAAUCUGGUUGACCCUUUGAUUGUGAUAACUCUGUAUCCUUGUCUGUAUUGCAGUUACACCGGUGCCCAAACUUAAGACGUGUCCACUGUAAUCUUUUCUCCCUGCACUCUUAUUUAACCUCUUUCACUGCUGUGUACAUAUUUAAGCUUGCUUAUGUUUUCUGGAGUCUUCAGCUCGUGUUCUUUUCUUCUUCUAGUCUGUAAAGAAAUUGAAAAGGCUGCUCUUUUGUUCGUGUGUGUACUUUCGAGUGAAUUACUGCAAUGCAGCAUCUGUCAUGUAGUUGAGUUUACAUAUGCUAUAUGGACCAAGAAAUGCUGUUCUGCAGUAAGUUAACAGACUAUCUAUCACCUGGAAAUGACUGCUCAGCAAGUGCAUCAUUAUUUGUACAGAUCUAGCGCUCAGUUUUUGUGACCUGUUUGAGCAAGUAAAUGUUAUUUAAGUUCACUCACAA